CCACCGCCGCCGGAACAAAAGGGGCGGCCGAUGGUGGCGGCAGAGCCGCUCCGCGCCCGCCCCGCUCCGCGCCCCGCUCCGCCACCAUGUCGGGCAGCGGCGGCGGCCCCGGCGACAAUACCGUGAAGAAGAGGAGCCCGGCGGGCUCGGCCGCCUCGCUGGCGCAGGAUGAGGACAAGCAGGCGAUGGAGAAGAUGCUGGGGGCGGCGGGCGGAGGGGCGCAGGAGAACGGCUGCGCCCGCUCGCCCUCGCCGUGCGGCUCCGGGGAAGGGGUGACCCUGCAGCGCUCCAUCACGCUGCUCAACGGCGUGGCCAUCAUCGUGGGCACCAUCAUCGGCUCCGGCAUCUUCGUCACCCCCACGGGCGUGCUGCGGGAGGCCGGCUCGCCGGGGCUGUCGCUGGUGGUCUGGGCGGCAUGCGGGGCGUUCUCCAUCGUGGGCGCCUUGUGCUACGCGGAGCUGGGCACCACCAUCACCAAGUCCGGCGGGGACUACGCCUACAUGCUGGAGGUGUACGGCUCCCUGCCCGCCUUCCUCAAGCUCUGGAUAGAGCUGCUCAUCAUCCGGCCCUCCUCGCAGUACAUCGUGGCUCUGGUCUUCGCCACGUACCUGCUCAAGCCCAUCUUCCCCACCUGCCCCGUGCCCGACCAGGCUGCCAAGCUGGUGGCCUGUCUGUGUGUUCUGCUGCUCACAGCCGUGAACUGCUACAGUGUCAAAGCUGCCACCCGUGUCCAGGACGCCUUUGCUGCGGCGAAGCUGCUGGCGCUGGCCCUCAUCAUCAUCCUCGGCUUCGUGCAGCUGGCAAAGGGUGAUGUGUCAAACCUGACUCCUGAGCACUCCUUCGAGGGCACGAAGGUCGGUGUUGGGAACAUCGUGUUGGCUUUGUACAGUGGCCUCUUUGCCUAUGGAGGAUGGAAUUACUUGAAUUUUGUGACAGAAGAGAUGAUAAAUCCCUACAGGAACUUGCCCCUGGCCAUCAUCAUCUCCCUGCCCGUGGUCACUCUGGUCUAUGUGCUGACCAACCUGGCCUAUUUCACUACGCUGUCCACAAAUGAGAUGCUGACAUCCGAGGCCGUGGCCGUGGAUUUUGGGAACUACCACCUUGGUGUCAUGUCCUGGAUCAUCCCUGUCUUUGUUGGCCUGUCGUGUUUUGGGUCAGUCAAUGGAUCUCUCUUCACUUCUUCCCGGCUGUUCUUCGUGGGAUCUCGAGAGGGACACUUGCCUUCAAUCCUGUCCAUGAUCCACCCCAGGCUCCUCACUCCUUUGCCAUCCCUCGUGUUCACGUGUGUGAUGACCCUGCUCUACGCCUUCUCCAACGACAUCUUCUCAGUCAUCAACUUCUUCAGCUUCUUCAACUGGCUGUGUGUGGCUCUGGCCAUCAUUGGGAUGAUGUGGCUGCGUUACAAGAAGCCAGAGCUGGAGAGGCCCAUCAAGGUGAACAUCUGCCUGCCCAUUUUCUUCAUCCUGGCCUGCCUGUUCCUCAUUGCUGUUUCCUUCUGGAUGACGCCGAAGGAAUGUGCCAUCGGCUUCGCCAUCAUCUUCAGUGGGAUCCCUUUUUACUUCUUUGGGGUCUGGUGGCAAAACAAGCCCAAGUGGGUUCUCCAAGGCAUCUUCUCCGCGACAGUCCUGUGCCAGAAGCUGAUGGAAGUGGUUCCUCAGGAAUCCUAGGCAGGAAAAGCAGAGACAUUCAGCUCGAGGAAACGCACAAUUUUAUUUUAGGACGACACAAGAAUCUGCUCCCUCACACCCAGAUCCCAGGCCCUGAAGCCCCGUGGGAGCCGCUUCCUGCUGACACCACAUCCCAGCUCUGCCUUGUCUCCUCCAGCCCCUCCAGCCCCACCUUUCCCUGGCACACGGAUGACCCUGCAAUGAGUUCUUGGUAUGGACACGAGCCAGGAGGAGGAAUUCCAAAGGGCAUUUCCAAAGGGGUCCUGCCUGUCCCAUCAGCAUCUGUGUGUGUGCGACAUCAAGGGCUGUACUUGGUUCUGGGUGGGCUCAUCUGGUUUGGGGCUGGGAUGCCCCAGAUGAGGAUGGAUCUGCUCAGGAACCUGGUUUGGGUGUUCAGGUGUGCCUGGGGCUGUCACAGAGCCAGGGUUGGCCUGAGCCUGCCCCACCUGCCUUUCCUGGCCAAAGGGGGUGGUUGGGAAACAAAGGUUGGCUGGUAUUGGCUCACACACACACAAACUCACACCAAGGCAUGCUGCUGGACACUCUGGGUUCUGUCCACUGGCAGUGGCUGAGGUGAGACAAGGCAGAGCAGAAUUAGCG